AUGGAUAUGAAUAAAUAUUUUAUUUGUCAAAAUGGUGAAAAUAUUUCGUGGACAUCUGUCUGUGAUGGUUUCAAUCAAUGUAUUGAUGGUUCUGAUGAACGAAAUUGUUAUUGUCAAGGUGAUACUUAUGCUUGUUUACAAGGUAAUAAUGUUAGCUGUAAAGUUGCAUGUGCAACUUAUGGUCGUGUGACUUGUUUAACCUAUCAAAAUAGUCGAGCUUGUGAACAAUAUAUACAAAAAACUAUUAAUACAAUGCAUUUCGAUAUUAGUUCUACUCAGGAAUCACCUGUAUUAACUUAUGAUUUUGAUACAUUUCGAUAUUCAGUUUAUUUAGCUGUUGGUAUUUUACUUUUUAUUAUAAUUCUUUCAUUAUUAAUCUAUCUAAUUCAUAAAUAUUCUUCACAAUUAUUAUUUUCUUGUACUAACAAAUCAUUCAAUCGAAUAUCAACAACUAGAUUAUCAUCUAGAUUACAACAACAACCUUCUUCAUUAAAUUUACCUCGUUCACAUUAUACACCAGCACCUAAUAUUAACGAUUUAUCACCAUCUUAUCAUUAUACUCAUCCAAUUUCGCUAUCGAUAAAUGGUUCGUAUGAACCUCGAAUAUAUCCUGAUCAAUCUUUAUAUUCUUCUAUAAAUUAUUCUGAUUCAAUUUAUUAUGAAACAAUAAAAACUCCAUCGAAAUCAAAUUCAAUGUCAAUGUUACAUCCAAUGCCUUUACCUGAACCACAAGGAUUUGUUAAUAUUCGAACAUAUUGCGUGUAA